AUGCUGCAAGAGACUCGUAAGAACAUCCUUGCGUGUGACUCAUACAUCCCCGAGAUUGAAAGCUUUCUCAAGACCAUCGAAUCAAAGGUUAAAAACCUGCGUGUGACCGGUCUGCCUGCUUUUAUCCGUAAAAUAAGCAAAGAGCAUGAUAUCCUGAAGCGAGUCGAAUCUGAACUCGUCGACGAUGAGCAGGAUGAAACUGGACUGAGUCUAUUAAACAGAAAGCUGGUAGCGAGUGCUACAAUUGUACAGCAUGGGGCUGUUCAUUGGGAGAUUCUCAAGCGGUGCCGCUCCUUUCUCGUCAUCGAUCAGACAUUUCAGGGGUCAGCCAAAGAAGACCGGAAGAAGCAAGUCUCCCAGAUCGUCGGCAAUGGGAGAGAAAAGCAGCAGCUGAAUCGAACGCUCAAAGAGCAGGCCAAGGUGGAAGUCGACGUGGUUGAAGGAGGAAAUGAAUGGCUCGACAUUAGAUGGCUCCAGGCGGACAGGUUGGCUCGACAAAUGACCGACUGCGGCUGGGGAUGGGGAGACUAUCAUUUGGGAGAUACUGUCGACCCGGAGGAGUGGGAGGAUACGCCUCUUGCUAAGCAAGUCAGGCGGCUCGUUGCUGCGACCAAAAUAAACCGUCACGAGUAUCGUAUUCCCCGACUGCGCAUCGUCUUUCCUAACCUGAAGAGAGGAGAAAAUGAGGAUAUCGAUGUGCUGUUGGAUCAGAUAUGCCGUCUCGACCCCCUGGUUGACAUUGUUGUGGAGGACUCCAGCAGCGUCUUCAUGCAGACACCACCUCCGCCCCUCAAGGAUGCCAUAAGAAACCUUAUAGGAGACGAGUUUGACGGUCUAACGGAUACCUUGAAUAUGGAUCACACUAUCCUCAUCGACCUCAUCUCCGACAUCACCCACCUCCAACUCGAGCCCCAGCCCUGGCAAGCCCAGACAACGCGGCUACAAAUCGAAGAAGAGCGCCAACAUGGCGGUGUCAUGGUGCGCGCCCUAUAUCCAAUCCUACAAAACCGCACCCUCUUCUGCACGCAAGAAGCCGCAGAGCACUUCCACGAAGUCCUCCGCACCGUCGGCACGCCUACUGAAAGGGAACGCGGAAGGCUCUUGGUUCCCUUUGACGAUGAUACCCGCGAUAUGCCGGUGGAGGAAAUUCGCAGACGCUUCGAAGAGCUGUCUGUCCAUCCUCUUCCUGAUAAUGUGCAAAUUCCUAUCAAAAUCCUCGAUGAGACGUGGACUAUGACUACUGUUAACCAGGCAGUGGCUGAUGGACGACUGCCAAAGGUUGCUCUCGAUGUUGCCAAGUGCGGUGCUUUCAAAAGUUCCAAGCUGAGCAUCUACAUGUACGGCUGGGCGACGGGCAAUGUCACAAUCACAUCGAACAAAGAAGUCCGCGGCCAGAUUCGCACAUGGGUCGAGACCAACAGACGCCAUGACGAGGAGCGCGGCCCAAUUAUUUGGCGUAUCGAUGUUACGAGAAAUCUACUGGCCAAGAGCGCUACGCCGCCGCCAGCAAUGCGGACAGAGAACGGUCUAGAUGGCAUCACGCUGAAGAGACAGAGAUGA